UUGUCAAAAAUCAAUCCAGAGGGCGCUUUAAUUUGCUCGGCCACGUAAGUCAGGGUCGUAUUUUUCGUCUUAAAAUAUAUUAAUUACGUUAAUUCACAAUAAAGGUUAAUAUGUGAGAAUGCUAUAAUAUAUAACAGAAGUAUAUUACUAGUGCUUUGUGUUAAAGUCACCGUAUUGUAGAUCGACAAAUCAUGUCUAAUUUGCCACCUAAUCCGUUUGUAAGCCAGCCUGGAGCGAAUGCAAACCCUGUGCAAGCCUUUAACCAUAAUCAAUACGCUCAAGUACCAUUGGGUCAGCUGCCCCCAGGAUAUGGAGGACUGAAGGACAACAAUUCAAAUAGUCCUCUUCAUGGAACAAUAUCACCUCAAAAUAAUGCUAUACAAAACAUAAACAACUUCAAUCAAAGUGCCAGUAGCUCACCAGCUUUCAAUCAGCCUGGAUUGGUGCAAGGUGGAAUGCAAGGUUCGCCAAUGAGACCUUUUCCACAAAGCUCUAAACCUCUAAAUCAGAUAUCAUCGCCUAGUCCUGUUUUUGUUUCCAAUCCAAACCCUUAUACCCCUAACUAUCAACCUCAGAAACAAAUCAACGAUAAUGUACCACCACUAGUACCCCCUAGUCAACAUAAUCAACCCCUUGUGAAUGGGCCUCCUUUGGCUGCAUCCAUGCCAAACCCAACAUCUAGUAGCUACAGUCCUGUGCCUCCACUAAAUAGGCCUCCAGUGGGAGGAUAUGGCCCCAGUUCAAUCAAUCAAUAUGGUCCAGCUCCAAAUACAAAGCCUUCAGGACCACAGUCACUGCCCAUACAACAUAGUACUCAGUUUCCAGGCCCACCUCUGGCUGGUCCAACAAAUAUAGGUACCUCAGUGCCUCCUGUCAGUAGAAAUGUUGGGCCUUCAGUUCCUGGGCCUCUGAAUCCACCUUAUGCAAGUCCUAUAUCGGGUCCUGUCACUAACCCUCCAAUAAGUGGCCCUCAUAUGGGUUUCUCAGUAAAUGGACCACGCUCAAAUGCCUUACCGCCAAAUUCAGCAGUAGAAGCAAGGCCAGUGGGCCUAAAUGGUCCUUUACCACCAGUCUCUGGACCUCCCAAGCAGUUCAGUUCUGCAAAUCCUCUACCAAUGAUGCCAUCUGUAAGCUCUCCACCUGGUCAACCUUAUUUAAAUCAACCUGUAAGUCAGCCAGGACUUAACUCCAAUAUUGGUUCAAAUGUACCCACAGCACUAAUACCGCCUAUGAAUCAAAAUAUACCAGUAAAUCAACAAGCGGGGCCUCCAAGUGGACCAACUGGUGGGCCAUUGAAAAGUAAUAUGCAGAGCAGAUAUCCUCAGAUGCCACAGGCCAGUUACAAUCAACAGUCUGCUCCGCAACAAUCUACGAAAUAUCCACAGCAGUACAAUGCUCAAGGUUUGACACAGCAAAUGGGACAGUUGAGUGUAACCAAGCAAGGUUUUGAUCAACUUUGGGGUCAUCACAUGAUUGACUUGCUGCAAACUAGACAUAUAUUGCCUGAAUACCCUGAGGAUCCUCCGGAAAUUAAGCUCGGACACCAGUUUGCUGAUUCGCCCAAUUGUAGUCCUGAAAUAUUCAGAUGCACGCUGAAUAAGAUACCAGAAACGAACAGCCUACUCCAGAAGUCAAGACUACCGUUGGGCAUACUCAUACAUCCAUUCAAGGAUCUCAAUCAUCUACCAGUGAUCCAGUGCGCUACGAUAGUCCGCUGUCGGGCUUGUCGGACGUACAUCAAUCCGUUUGUCUACUUCGUCGAUGCGAAGCGAUGGAAAUGCAAUCUGUGUUAUAGGGUCAAUGACUUGCCAGAAGAGUUUCAAUACGACCCGGUGAGCAAGUCGUACGGCGACCCGUCGCGGAGGCCGGAGAUCAAGUCGGCGACCAUAGAGUUCAUCGCGCCCGGCGAGUACAUGCUGCGACCCCCGCAGCCCGCGGUCUACCUGUUCUUGUUCGACGUGUCGCAGAUAGCCAGAGACUCCGGCUACCUUCAGGUUGUCUGCGACGUGCUGAUGAGCAACCUGGACCAGCUGCCGGGCGACGCGCGGACGCAGAUCGGCUUCAUCUGCUACGACACCCACGUGCACUACUACUCCAUGGGCGAGGGGCUCGCCAGGCCCAAGGAGAUGACCGUCCUGGACAUCGACGAUAUAUUCCUGCCGUCCCCGGAGUCGCUGCUGGUGAACCUGGGCGAGCGGCGCGAGGCGGUGUGCGCGCUGCUGGGCGCCCUCCCCGCGCGCGCCGCCCCCGCGCCCCGCGGCCCCGCGCCCCCCGCCUCCGCGCUGGGCGCCGCGCUGCAGGCCGCCUACAGGCUCAUGGCGCCGACGGGCGGGCGCAUCACGGUGUUCCAGACGUGCCUGCCCACCGCGGGCCCCGGCGCGCUGCACUCCAGAGAGGAUCCCAACGCGAGAUCUUCGAAAGAUGUGAACCACUUGAACCCGGCGACCGACUUCUACAAACGUCUGGCUCUGGACUGCAGCGGCGCGCAGCUGUCCAUCGACUUGUUCCUGUUGAACUCGCAGUACUCUGACCUUGCGACGUUAAGCGGCAUGAGCAAGUUCAGCGGCGGGUCGGUGUACCACGUGCCGCUGUACUCGAGCGCGCGGCCGCAGCACGUGCGCACGCUGCAGCGCAUGCUCACGCGCUACCUCACCAGGAAGAUCGGCUUCGAGGCCGUCAUGAGGGUCCGCUGCACCAGAGGAAUCUCCAUACACACGUUCCACGGCAACUUUUUCGUGCGGUCCACGGACCUGUUGUCGCUGCCCAACGUGUCCCCGGACGUGGGAUUUGGCAUGCAGCUCACCAUCGAGGAGUCGCUGUCCGACCUGCAGCAGGUCUGCUUCCAGGCCGCGCUGCUCUACACCAGCAGCAAGGGCGAGAGGCGGAUACGGGUGCACACGCUGGCGCUGCCGCUGGCCAGCACGCUGCCCGAGGUGCUGCACGCCGCCGACCAGCACUGCAUCAUAGGACUGGUCAGCAAAAUGGCGGUGGACCGGUGCGUGUCGGCGUCGCUGGCGGAGGCGCGCGAGGCGCUGACCAACGUGGCGGCGGACGCGCUGAGCGCGCACCGCCUCGCGCAGAACGCGCCCGCCGCCGCGCCCGGCCUGCCCGCGCCCGCCGCGCUGCGCCUGCUGCCGCUCUACCUGCUCGCGCUGCUCAAGCGGAAAGCGUUCAGGACGGGCACGUCGACGCGGCUGGACGACCGCGUGGCCGACAUGUGCUCGCUGAAGUGCCUGCCGCUGGAGCAGCUGCUGCGGCUCGUGUACCCCGCGCUGUACCCGCUGCACGCGCUCGCCCCCCCGGCCCCCCCGCACGACGCGCCCUGCCCCCCGCGCCUGCACCUGUCCGCCGAGAGGAUCAACAGCAACGGCGCGUACCUGCUGGACGACGGCGAGUGCAUGAUCAUCUACGUGUGCCACGGCGUCGCGCCCGCCUUCCUGGCCGACGCGUUCGGAGUCUCCGCGCAUGCGCAGCUCGGCGACGAGGGCCGCGCCCUGCCGCGCCUCGACACCGAGCCCAGCGCGCUGCUGCACGCCUUCAUAGACAAACUCAACGACGACAGACCUUACGCCUCCGAAAUUUUGAUAUUGAAAGACAAUUCCCCGUCGAGACACCUGUUCUUGGAGAGGCUGGUGGACGACCGAGUCGAGUCGGCAUUCUCCUACUACGAGUUUCUGCAGCACAUCAAGAGCUUAGUGAAAUGAUUGUCGUGUGACUAUCGAGUGACUUUUCAGCUCGAUUUGAAACUGCAUUAGUGUCGUAACGUGCUGUGAAGCGUUUGUAAAUGACUGAAUGUGACACUGCCCUAAUGUAAGCGAGUUUCGAUGAGAACUGGCACGUAUCGAUUUUUCGAUAUCGAUAAAUAUAACAUCGAUUUUUCUAUUUGUAGAGGCUAAAUAUGUUUUGUUUGUUACGAAAAUAUAUUUCUAAAUGUCUCUAUCUCUCACUCUCUCUAAAUUAGUGUAAGUUAUAACAAUGUGGCUUACAAACCUUAGUCUUCCGCGACGACGAGAAUAGUGAUGUGAUUGAAUCGUCGAUAUAAAAUUGAAUGAGAUUUUUACUGAAAAUGUUUUCUAAUAAAAUCUGUGGCUUUUAAGACUCAAAAAGUGCUUUAUUGUUUCGGUUUCUUGAUGUAACUGCACUAGGCGAUCGUUGCCGAUGCAUUGUCGCUGUCAGUAACAAGGACAACGGUAAGACCAUCGAAAAAAAGUUUUCAAUCGAAACUCGUGUCACUCAAAGCUGAAAGCACAAACAAGUACGAAUAGUUCGAUUAAAAUUUGUAUCGAACAUUGUGUGUGCAUUCAAAAUUGAGCUUAAUGUAUAUUGACAAUAGAGUUCGAAUAAAUGUGUUGGAAAUAGAUUUUAUGCUCGAUACAUGGAACUUUUGGAUUAGUUUUUUUUUGUCGUAACUAAUUACAAAACAACUCACGGAACUAAGCAGUCAUUUUUGUCACUUCAUACAAAAACUUGCCCAUGAAAUAUGUCUGAUUAAAGCCGCUAAACAAGUUCUAUACCAAAGCUUGCUUUGCGGUAAUGGGGUGUACAGGGAAAAAACAUAGUAUCAAAAAAAAACGUAUAAAAAAAAUAGAACACUAAUAUAUGUCGCGCAUUACGAAACAAAAAAAAGUUUGACAAACACUGAAAAAAAAACAGGUUCUUAUCUUUGCCACUUUUAGAGAUAGGCAGAAAUAUCCAUCCAUGUAUGGCCUACACCAGUUACGCUGUAAUACAAUCCAACUGGUUGCAUUUGAGCGCCGCGAUUUCAAUUUUCUAUUUCUUUCUAAUUCGUUACUAAUUUGAUCGUUUCUAACUGUGGCGGUACUCAUCAUAGAACACAAGAUAUUUGACACAUGUCUGAAUCUCGCUGACGACAUUUCCAAGAUAAGUUUGCAUAUAUGCAAGUUCUGUCGGUCAUAAUUGCGUUAAGAAAUUCCGUUUCACAGAUCAAGCUGAAAAUAACGCGUUAAGAACGCCCUCAUCUUCUUACACUCGAAGACUCUUGAUCUCAAUCUGAAAACCUGAUAGAGAGCUUUAUUAAGGGCAAUUUGUUGAAUGCUAUUUGAAAACAGUGGCUUUGAAAACAGUGGCGAAUCGAGUGUCGCUGACAUUGCCAAUGUCCAUAAGCAACAUGUCCAUAAGGCCCUUUAAUAUCAAUAAAGGGCUUCUUACUUAUGUUUGGGCAUUCAAAUAACUGUGCUAUAAUAUGAUAUGGACUAUAUAUAAAAAAGUACAAUUUUACAGUCCUAAUAUUAAAUAUAUCAUCCAUGUUGAUUUCGGUUGUUGAAUUAGUUGUUUGUGUUAUUAUUUGAUUUUUGGCAUUGUAGACAGACCUGAUGGAGAGUUGGUGGUCGUCCCAAGCCGUAGCCUAGUUUUUGAAGUGAAACUUCUUUAGGCGCGUUGAGAGUAAAAUUUACCUCGCGACAGAUUCGUUACGGCUAGAGAGAACUAGAUAGAUAUUAUACAAUUUAGAAAGAGCGAGAGCGAAAAUAAAGCGUCUCGCGAACCACUCGACCGUGGAGAGAGGGAAAGGACGAAAGCGAGCUAGGUCGUUUCUUUUAUACACAGCCUUCCCUAUUAUAAGAGACGGCACGCAGGGACUUGGCUCUGCCCCUGGUAUUGCUGAAGUCCAUGGGCGACGAUAUCCACUCACAAUCAGGUGGGCCGUGUGCUCUAUGCCGGCCGUAAGAGCAAUAAAAAAAGGAGAAAAUUUAUUUAAGGAUAAAAAUGAAGAAAACCACAAUACUGCACACUGCAAGAGAAGUUUCACUUCUUUUGUACGCGCACCGUUUUUUUAUUUAUUCAGAGGAGCUUUCAUGGUAUACCAUUAUGGGGCUCGUGGAGCAAAGCUCAGUAUCGACCGCUUUUAGCUAUCCGUUAGGUCGGUGGAUAGUUGGCAGACGGUGAUGGCUCCCGAAUAGUAAGCGACAAAUAUGAAGUCAUAGUGAGCUAAAGGAUAAGACGUCCGGUGCAUUCGUAUCGACCGAUGCACAGGUGUUAGAAUCCCGCAGACCGAUACCGAUUCUUCUAAUCAAAUACAUAAUAUAAUGAUAUGGAAUAUUCUAGAAUGAUUGAACAAUAAUAAAAGAUUUAAGUUUUCUGUAAAAUACAAAAAAAAUAAGAUAUAAAGUCUUUAUAUAAUCUCCUUUUUAAAAUCUUACUUUAAACAGUUUUAUUGAAUUAUGUAAAACAGAAGUUUUCUUUUUUUUCUGAUUGACUGAUAUGUCAGUCAAUCUGUCGUAAGGAAAAUCUUUUUUUUAAACUAAAGAGCUUUAGAGGUUUUAAAUACUUAAGGUUUUUCUUUAUAUACAUACUUGACAAAAUUGUUCACGAUUGAUUUCUACGGUGAAUGAAUAACAUCGUGUAAUAAAAAUUAAACUGGUGGCAGGACAUCUUCUGAGUCUGCAAGGGUAGGUGCCACCACCUCGCCUAUUUCUGCCGUGAAGCAGUAAUGCGUUUCGGUUUGAAGGGUGGGGCAGCCGUUGUACUGUUAAAAGUGAGACCUUACAACUCAUGUCUCAAGGUGGGUGGCGGCAUUUACGUUGUAGAUAACUGGUGGUAGUGUAUCAUGUUUCUAUUUCUGCCGUGAAGCAGUAUGCGUUUCGGUUUUGGCGCGUGAGGCAGCCGUUGUACUGUUUCAAUUUCAAAUUUUAUCCUAAUUAAAAUUCAAUUUUAAUUAGGAUAAAGUUAUUUGACAGAAACCAGUUUCCAUCAUAGAAGUUUCUAGCCGGAUAGUGCCACGACGAUUUAUGCCAACAUCGAUCUAUUUAAAGACCUAAAGCUAAAGUUUUGUGUUGUAUCAUAUAUGUAUAUCAUAUAUGAGAUAAUAAAAUUAUGUUGUGUACAAUAAAAAAUAAUUUUUAAUAUUUAUUGGUUGAUGCUAUUGAGACAAUGAGUCUCAACAAAAUCGGAAUGUUUUUAUUAUUUAAAUUCUAAUUAAAACUUAUUUGGAACAAAGAGUAAUCGCAUUUUGUGUAGUCGUUUAGUUUUUAAUUGACGUAUGAAUGUUUUGAAUAGAUGUGUGCCUGCGUAAUGAGGAAUGCACUCAAUGUGGGACUUGAAGUACCAUAGCUUUUUUUGGCGAAAUUCGAUUGUAUAUUUUAAUAUCAUAGCGAAAUUUUGAGUUCGUAAAUUAAAAUUUGAUCGUGUAAUAUUCGUUAUCCAAACAAAACUGAGACGUGUCGAUGCGAAAGGCGUAUUUUUGUACUCGAAUAAUAAAGAAAUCCUUGCAUAUUCCACAAAAUUAAAAAAAAAAAACAUGUCAGUCUGUGUCACGUAAUACAUACUUAUAUGUGUCGAAAAAUAUAUAUUCAUCUCUAUCGUAAUAGGAUAUAAGGACAAAAUACUUAUGAUAGUCAGUAUCUGUAUAGAUUGGUUAGGGUUUAUCGGUAAGACCAAACAGGCUGUGGGCAAUAGUUUACUACCUACUGCUGUGGCUUUGGGUAAUAACUAGUUGUAAAUUUAUUAAAACUAAAUCAUUAUCGUGUCAAAGUUUGAUACGGCAACAGAAAACACACAAACAAUAACAGUCAUAUUUAAUCGUAAGUAAUUAAGCAUUUACAAGCAAUAAACUUUACUGCUAAUACAACACACAUACAUAUAUGUGGGCAUAGGGAACUAUACAUAGGUAUGUGUAUAUAAAGUUUGUCAAAUUGUCACGGGACAUGUUAAAGUUAUCGGUAUAGAACUUUAAUAUUCACGAUAAUUUUUCAAACUAAAUUUUUUUUUGUUUGUUACAUUGUGGUUAAAAUAGAUUUACAAUACAGUUUCAAUGGAUCGUCUGAGAAUUAGUGUGUUAAAACACUUUUAUUGUUCCAUAAAGAAUAAAUACAGCAAGAUCAACUAAAACAAAACUAAAAUAUUUGAAAAUUGAAUGAAAAUUACUUGAAGGGUCUAAAUUUUUAAUACACUUUGCUUUGCUGGAAACUUAACCGAUUUAAAAUACUAUGUUAAAUUAUGUUCUUCAGUGUGCUUAUUAUUUUCAAUAAAAACGACAUCACUAAACUACCGGAUGUAAGGUCGUAAUAAUUCACAAAAAAGGUAUUUUGUAGGCCUCUGCUUCAAGAUUCCUUAGCUUGUAAUAAAACUGUAACCAGUGUCACACGUCAGAGAGUUCAAAACGUCAAAAUUUUCAAAGCGUCGUUCAAAAGAGAAGCGUAAAAACGUAAGAUCAAAAUAUUAUUGUUAAUUUUCCAAUAUGGAAACAUGCAAUAAAAUACCUACUAUAAGUUGUUUUUAUUUAGCGUCGGUGUUAGGUGUAUUUUUAAGUUUUAAUGUUAAAGCCCCAUGUAUGUAUUUAGAGCACGAUAUUAAUUCGAUUGUAAAUUAAAUAAAGCUAUUUAUCAAA